AAACAUUCCGCGGGAAAUUGAAUGACAUUUUCUCCCGCCACCAGAUCGUAGACUAAGACUGACGUUGAUUCAAACAGCUAUUUUUUCAUUAUCUAACAUGGGAAACGAGGCCAGUCAAAACGUUAAGUAUGGUGAGCGUCUGGAUAAUGACAUAAACGUGAAUUGGUCCAAAUUGGAAGUUCAAAACAAAUAUUGUGCUCCCCGUGAUGGACAUGCCGCUGCUUCAAUUGCACGUAAAAUGUACGUAUUUGGCGGAGUUGUCAGCAGAGCAGAUGGCGAACACACUGAAUCUAAUGAGCUGUUUUCUUUAGACUUAGAUAACAACACUUGGACUUGUGUUGAAACCAAGGGAGACUUGCCUCCACCAAGAUCAUCAGCAGCUAUGUCAGCUGUAGAAAAUAAUCUGUAUUUGUUUGGUGGUCUUAACCAGACGUCUGGAUGGUUAGAUGAUCUGCACUGUUUUGAUACAGAAACUUGCACUUGGUCUAAAGUAGAAGGCAAGGGUCAGUGCCCAAGUCCAAGAGACAAGUUGGCCUCUGCAGUUGUAGGCAAAAAUGUUUACUUUUUUGGUGGCUUUGGUCCAAAAAAUGAAGAAGAAGAGGUGGAAGAAGUGAGCACUGAAGAGGAAGAUGCCUUGGAGGAUGAGGGUAUGGAAGCAGACUCACAAGAAGCAGCACAGUUUGGAUGGUUCAAUGAUUUGUUUAUUUUUGAUACAGAAACUAGUUCGUGGUCCCAUCCCAUGCAGAUGAAUGCUGUAGGCCCCACACCAAGGGCGGCCACAGGGAUGUGUGCAGUAAAAAAUAAACUGGUCAUCUUUGGGGGCAGAGAUUCUCAAGCCAGGAGAAAUGAUCUUUAUAUAUAUAAUAUAGAAACAAGAAAGUGGGAAACAGUCUCUGUCAAAGGUUGUCAGCCAGAGCCUAGGUCAUUUCACACAGUCACUGCAGUUGGUGCAAGAGUUGUUGUUAUUGGAGGUAGAAGUCAAAGUAAUCAGCAUUAUGAUGAUCUCAACAUAUUUGAUACAGCUACUAUGGAAUGGAUGCAGCCUACAGUCCAGGGAGAACUGCCCUCUGGGCGAGGUGUUCACACAUCUGUGGUUGUAGAUGACCAACUGGUACUGUUUGGGGGGUCCUCCGACUUUAAUCCUGAAACUAUGCAGUGCCAGAAAUACCAUAAUGAAGUUUACACAACAAGGACAGUUGAUAUUCUUCAGGGAGGCAGUAUAGCCAACACCGAAGCCAAUCAAGAAAAUUUCCCUAUUUCCACAAAUAUACCAGUUCAAGAAAACACAGACAUACAAAAAUCUGUGUCUGGAAUUGUGCCAUCUUCACAAAAUGAGGUCAACUAGUAAAAUUACGUGUAUGUGGACAACAUACUUGAAAACAAUGUGUGCUGUGCUAGUGUUCAAAUACACAUAUUUUAGAUUUUUUUAAAUACAUAAACAAGUGAAAUUUCUUUUGAAAAAUAUUUGACUUUAAAAAGACUAGUAAUUCGUUAGAAUUCUCAUUUAGUGGAAUUUAUAGUGAAUUUCAAAAAAUGUAUAAAAUUCAUUAAAAAUUUUUCUGACAUUUGUAUAUACACACAUGAAGUACAGUGCAUGCCUUAUUUACUUUUCUGCUAAUCUAUUAUCUGUGUAUUGAGGAAGUCAAAAAUCUAAUGCUAAUUUAAUCUUUAUCUGCUUUUAUGCAUUUUUUUUUGACUAGCAGGCUUGCAUUUAUAAAUUUUAAAACUGCAUUUGACAGUUAAACUCACUUUUAGUAAAAUGCAAAUUCAAAGCUUGUUUCAUGAAAAAAUGUGACAAAUAAACCAA